AAUCCUACAACUUUAUCUCAUAAAUCACCAACGAACUCAACAUCCUCUCUAAUUCAUAACAUGUUCGUCAGCUAAAAUAUCCGAAUCAAAAGCUCGUCAGAGCCCCAACCCCAAACAAAAUGCUCUACGACCUCAACAUCGCCUGGUCGACCACAACCAGCGCCUCCGACCUCGAGCGCACCCUCCGAUUCAGUUCGCAACUCGGGUACAACGUCGUCGCCCUAAACCACACCCUCGACGCACCUCUCCCCUCGCACCUCACCAACCCACUCCCCAAAUUCUCGCCCACAAACACAAACUCCUCCAGCACCACCGAAUCCCGCACCCAGCGCAUCCCAACCGUCCUCCGUCGCCUAACAAUAACCCUCUCCGACCCCUCCCAAAACCCCCAACUCCCCAAAGCAGCGCAACUCUACGACAUCCUCGCGCUGCGGCCACAGACCGAAAAAGCGUUCCAAGCAGCGUGUCUGACCGUCAGCGCGACCGACAUCAGCAUCAUAUCGCUGGACCUCACAACCCGGCUCCCCUUCUACCUUCGCCCGAAACCAUGCAUGGCAGCCGUGAACCGCGGCUUACGCUUCGAGAUCUGCUAUUCGCGCGCGCUGGCAUCCGGGGCCGAUGCGAGGGCGAGAGCGAAUUUCAUAGGCAAUGUGGCGCAGUUGGUGCGAGCGACGCGGGGGAGGGGGUUGGUUGUGAGUAGUGAGGCGGUCGGGGCGAUGGGGUUGAGGGCACCGGCUGAUGUGGUGAAUUUGCUGGCGGUGUGGGGGUUGUCGACGGAGAGGGGAGGGGAGGCGUUGAGGGAGAAUCCGAGGGGGGUGGUGGUUAAUGAGGGGAUUAAACGUAGUGGGUUUAGGGGGGUGGUGGAUAUUGUUGCGGUUGCGGAGAGGGGGGAUGGGGGAGAGGAGAGGGGGAUAGGGAAGCAGAGGGAUGGGAAGGAUAAUAAGAGGAAGAAUGGAGAGGGAAGUGGUGGAGGGGAGGGAGGAGAUCAGCCUGUUAGUAAGAGACAGGCUAAGAAGCUUAAAGCUGCGUUGAGGAAGAAAGAGGUUGAGGGGAAAGGAGCAUAGGGCACGAUGAUGACAGAAGGGGGCAUUGGUUGCCCUGGGUGAGAUUUGCAUGCGGUGAUGGCGUUUGGUACAAAAAGGCUGGUCAUCUGAAGAUACCCUCAUAAAAAUAGAAUUUUCUCACUUCUGCUUAUCCCUGGGCCGAUCAUUUACCCAGUCUCUCGUUCACUC